UUUAACGUUUUUUUUGCUUUUUUGUUUACCCUUGAAAAUCAGUGUGUGAUUUGUGACGUCAACGUGACAGGUGUCAGUGUCCUAACCUCGUUUCCCGAUGUCUUAAAAAUACUCCGAAAAUGAUGAAACAAAGGCAAAAGUUGAAGCCGGACGCCAGUUACAAAAAGUUUGGCAAGCACAGCGAUAGCGAUGACGAGACUGAACUGUUUACAGUACGGAAAACCUCCCCAAAAAAGGAAAAAGCGACGGUGGAGAAGACCGUAGAGGAGGGCGACACGUUGCAAUCCCUCGCAAUUCGUUACUGUUGUACGAUUGAAGAUCUGAAACGCUUGAAUAACAUCCACAAAGAAAAUGAGAUUUUCGCCAAAAGGACGAUCAAAGUGCCACAGUACCCCAUUGCUCUGGCUCUGGCCGGGGUGCACGUCAGCGGGCGCAGCUCCCCGAAUGACCCUUCAGCCAGUGGUCAAGUGGACACUGAUCAGUUGACUACUAGUUUGAAGGAAACGGAAGUUAACCAAAUUAUUUUUAAUAGUAGUUUAGCGCAAAAGAGUCACGACGUGACUGAGGAGAGUGGGGACGAUGAAGAGGUGCAUUUGUUGCCGCACAGCCCGCUUGAGGAGCCGGCUGUGACCAAGAUCGACUGUAGUGGGGUUGAUGGUGAUAUUUCGAUAAAAGCCCUCGUUUUGUGUAUAGUGAUUGUUAUUUUUGCCGUGCCUUUGAUUUACGUGUUUUACGUAGCAGAGCACCCCAAGCAACACCACCAUAACCACGUGUCAUGAUGUUUUAUUUUUGUGAAAGUUUUAUUUUAUCAAUAGUUGUGAUAGCAGCUAAUCUCAUUAAGUAUUAACUGUACAUAGCACAGUAUUGUAGCGGGUGCUAACGUUGUUGGAUUUUAUUGAACAAAGUUUACACAGCAAUUUGUAAUAAAUAAUAAAACGGCUUUUUACUUGAAA